UGUUCGUUUUUUCCCUCUCUUCCCCACUCCCUCCUUCCUACUCUCUCACUCUGUCGUGCUCUGCGCUCCCCCUUUUCUAUAAUCAUGAAGGGAGAAAAAGAAGAGAAGAAUCCGGCGGGGACGAGUGUGAUGAGAAAGUUUGCAGAAAGCUUUUAAAGGGAGAUGAAAUAGAGAGAGUGCGACAGUAAUAGGCGGGUGGAAGGAAGAAAUGAAGGAAGGAAUGGAUCUAUCUAUCCAGCCAGCCAGCCUUUCAAUGCGAUAUGGACCUAUAGCCUAUAAACAUAUCUAGCCUACACCGGCAGACAAGACAACGCAACUCAAUUGCCCGACUGUUCUUAGCGUAUUACUUUUUGAACUGUUUAGGAUAGUAGACUACUGAAACUUCGGCUAUUAUAAGCCAAGUUAUCGUAUUUCCUUACUCCUAUAUAGAGCAACGUCAAAAGCUGCAAGUCACAGCUCAUCCCGGAAAAGGACUUAGCCCCAAGGACCAAGGGGCACGGAGGAGGGCAGGUCGCCGAAGUCGGAGUUUAGGCGUUGCCACACAGCGUUGAUCCAGAGCCAUGGCUGGGGCGAAGCCAGGAGUCCACGCUCUGCAACUCAAACCGGUGUCGGUUCACGACAUACUAAAACGCGGCAGCAAGUUCAUAAAAUGGGAUGAGGAGCCCAACAGUGGCCAUCCCACCCUGAUUACGUUGAGGGUAGACCCAGAUGGAUUCUUCCUUUAUUGGACGGGUGGAGCCAACAUGGAGGUGGAAAUUCUGGAUAUCAGCCAGAUCAGGGAUACCAGAACAGGGAAGUUUGCCAAAUUGCCAAAGGAGCCACGUGUCCGAGAAGUGCUGGGAUUCGGUAAACCGGGCGAGGCAGGCGUUAGCGUGGAGGCAAAGUUGGUCACGGUCGUCCAUGGCAACGACCUGGUCAAUGUCUCCUUUCUCAACUUCCAGGCUAUGAAUGAGGAAACCGCCAAGGUGUGGACAGAUGAAUUGUUUAAACUAGCCACAAACAUCCUUUCCCAGAAUGCAUCUCGCAACACCUUCCUCCUCAAAGCGUACACCAGGUUAAAGUUGCAAGUUAAUCAGGAUGGAAAGAUCCCAGUGAAGAAUAUCCUCAAAAUGUUUUCUGAUAAGAAGAGAGUGGAGACAGCCCUGGAACAGUGCGGUCUGGUCACCAACAGGGUGGAAGGCAUUAAACCAGAUGAUUUUACAUGGGAGAUGUUCCAGAGUUUUCUUCACAGUCUCUGUCUACGUCCAGAAAUAGAACGCAUCUUCGUAGAGCUUGGCUCUAAGGGGAAGCCAUUUCUUUCCCUCGAUCAGCUGACAGACUUUAUAAACAGACGUCAAAGAGACUCUCGACUCAACGAGGUACUGUACCCUCCGCUAAAGAGGGAACAAAUUCGACAGCUGAUGGAGAAAUACGAGAGUAACGCCAGCCAGCUGGAGAGAGACCAAAUUAGUCUGAUGGGGUUUACCAAGUAUCUAGGAGGAGAGGAGAAUACCAUCGUCCCACCAGAGAGACUAGACAUUAUAGAUGACAUGAACCAGCCACUGUCCCAUUACUUCAUCAACUCGUCACACAACACUUACCUCACAGUUGGUCAGCUGACUGGUCUGUCGUCAGUGGAGAUGUAUCGUCAGGUGUUGCUGACUGGAUGUCGCUGUAUCGAGCUGGACUGUUGGAAAGGACGGCCGCAAGACGAUGAACCCUACAUCACACAUGGCUUCACCAUGACCACAGAGAUACCCUUCAAGGAAGUUAUUGAAGCAAUAGCAGAGAGUGCAUUCAAGUCUUCUCCAUAUCCUGUCAUACUCUCCUUUGAAAACCAUGUUGACUCUGCGAAGCAGCAGGCCAAGAUGGCAGAGUAUUGCCGGACAAUCUUUGGAGACGCCCUGCUCAUUGACCCUCUGGAGAAAUAUCCGCUGGUCCCAGGACAGCCCUUACCGUCACCACAGGAGCUGCUGGGUAAGAUUCUGAUUAAGAACAAGAAGAAGCACCAGCACAACAGAGCAUCCAGCGGGGGCAGCUGUCGGAGGAGGACAGGAGAGGAUGCUGUGGACAUGGCUUCUUCACCUGCUCAUGACUCCACUUUCAGUGACUGCGAGACUGGCCAGCUGCUUUCUAAUGGGGAGGAGAAGCAGGCUGAGAGGCUUAUCAAAGAUGGAGAUCCUCGCAAGUCUCUUGGAGGCGAGGGAGAGAGCGAGGAAGAGGAGGAAGAUGAACCAGUGCCUGAACUGAAGAAACCUAACUCAGAUGAGGGUACAGCCAGUAGUGAAGUGAAUGCAACAGAGGAAAUGUCGACUCUGGUCAACUACAUCGAACCUGUUAAGUUUAAAAGCUUCGAGAACGCAAACAAGAGGAAUAAGUAUUUUGAAAUGUCGUCAUUUGUGGAAACCAAGGGUAUGGACACGCUGAAGAGUUCUCCUAUCGAGUUUGUUGAGUACAAUAAGAAGCAACUCAGUCGUAUCUAUCCAAAAGGCACCAGAGUAGACAGUUCCAACUACAUGCCACAACUCUUUUGGAACGUUGGCUGCCAGAUGGUGGCAUUAAACUUUCAGACACUUGACCUGCCCAUGCAGUUGAACAUGGGUGUGUUUGAGUACAAUGGGCGCAGUGGCUACCUUCUCAAACCUGAGUUCAUGAGAAGAACCGACAAGCACUUUGACCCCUUCACUGAGAACAUUGUGGAUGGAAUUGUAGCCAACACCGUGAAGAUCAAGGUGAUCUCGGGCCAGUUCCUGACUGAUAAAAAGGUGGGCGUAUAUGUGGAGGUGGACAUAUUUGGACUUCCUGCUGAUACGAAGAGAAAGCAUCGUACCAAGACAUCUAACGGAAACUCUCUAGACCCCGUUUGGGAUGAAGAGGUCUUCGUCUUUAGCAAGAUUGUCCUUCCAACCCUGGCCUCUCUGAGGAUAGCAGUGUUUGAGGAGAACGGGAAGUUCCUGGGACAUCGAAUAUGCCCUGUUUCAACCAUCCGCCCUGGUUACCACUACAUCAGUCUGAAGAAUGAGCUGAACCAGCCCCUGAUGCUGCCUUCGCUAUUGGUCUUCACCGAGGCUCAAGACUACAUUCCCAACGAACACCAGGAGUAUGCUGAGGCCCUGACCAACCCCAUCAAACAUGUGAGUCUGCUGGCUCAGAGAGAAAGACAACUGGCUUCUUUGAUUGAGGACAACAGUGAGAGAGUGUUGGAGCAACCAAAGUUGUGUGAGAUUGAUUGGGAGGGCGAUGCCCCGAAGGUCAAGGUCCCCUCCCCACUUCACCAGGUCCCUGCCCCUGUUGAUGACAUCAGCGAGAUUAUCAACUCACCAGGGCAAGGCCAGAAAGAGGAUCUUAUUGCCACAGUCCUGGCGAAACUCCAGCCUCAGUCCCUAGAAGAGCUGAAACAGCAUAAGUCCUAUCUCAAGCUUUUGAAAAAGCAAUGCAAAGAGCUCAAGGAGAUCCGCAAGAAACACCUCAAGAAGGUGUGGGCCCUGAGUAAGGAACAGAGGAAUCGCUGUAACCAGCUCCAGUCAGACACAGAGAGACGACGCAGUCAGAUGGAAAAACACUUGAAACGCAGUAUAAAGAAGAAUUUCUUUGUGUGUGUAUGUCUUAGUGAGUCAGCUGAGCCGGUGCAGAAGCAGUUGACAGCAUUGGAGAUGGAGGUGAAGACAAAAACAGUGCAGCUCAGACAGUGGCAGAUGGAGGAGCUCCUGAAACUCCGCAAGGAACAACACAAGCUGGAGAGAGAGAAGAAACACCAACACUUGGAGGAGUCUUUUCCAAAACUGAAGGAGGUGGCCCAGGAAUGUCAGACGGCUCAGCUAAAAAAGCUCAAAGACAUUUGUGAUAGAGAGAAGAAGGAGCUUCAGAAGAUUCUAGACAGGAAGAGACUGAACAGUAUUGUCGAGGCCAAGAGCAGAGAAAGCGAGAAGGCCGAGCAGGAACUGAUAGAGAUCAACAGGAAGCAUAUCUCAGACUCGGUCACCUUAAUCCGUCGGUUGGAUGAUGCCCAAUUAAAGCGUCAAGAGAAGUUAUUAAUCGGACAUAGAGAAGUCCUAAGACACAUUGAGGAAGACCAACCACUGAUGAAAGCCCGUUUGGAGCAAGACUUGAACGAGGAGCUACAGCGUCUACCAGAGGAGAUCUGCACAUACCUGCAAACAGAACUUGAGUCCAAAGGUCUCCGUAGUGACGCUCUAUUUUCAUCCAAUCACAACAGUCCAAGUCCUAGCUCCAGCUCGGGCCCACCUUCCAACUGCUCCACGCCCACUUUUCCCCUAACUCCCAAUAGGAGCACCUGGAACAGGAGCAUGGACAAUAGCAUUGCCUCAUUGGUAGACUCAUCCUCUUCCUCUACUCCUGUCCUAUCAGAAGCAGAGUUGACGGGGUAAAUUUUAAUAUGUACAUUUAUUGAAUAAUUGUCCUGGGCUUUUGUUGGUGAACUUCUAAUGUUUUCAUUUUUAAAUUGUUUUUAUUUGUAAUAGAAUUUUACUUAUUCUAAAAAAAUCUAAUUCUUCUCACCGGGGUUUUAGAGGGAGAAAGAUAUUGAAGUGAUACUUUUCUUCAUGAAAUUAAUGUAUUUUUUCCAUGCCUGUGUCUUUUUGAAAUGUGUUCUCUUUACCAAAGCCCUUUGCUUGUUUGACACACACUCCAGCAUUAAAUUCUCAAGUUGUAUGCAA